CCAAAAAGUUUUUUUUGCCACAAAAAAAAAGUUUUUCAUGUAAAAAAGUCAAAUAAAAUGUAAAAAGUGCAGUGCGGUGAUAAAAAUAAUAUAAAAUAAAACCAGACAAAUUAUAUCCGUCUCUGUAAUAAUAAAGUUGUUUGUUCGAGAAAGCAGCUAACGACGCACGGGAGUAAUUAUAGAACAGACAACUGUUCCAAAAAAACAUUCGGAACGUAAAAAGUGAUUUAAAUAACAAAACUGGCUUCACAGCAAAUAUUACAGCAGAAUAAAUCGAAAAUCACAGCAGAAUGGGAUACCGGUUGGAGCGGAGGACCCGAAGCACAUGAGAUAGAGAUACAAGAGACCAUGACAAAUUCACCCUUAGCUGUAAAUGAAACCAGUAUUCCCACAGAAACAGAACCAAAAAUAAUCGUAAGACCGGAAGAAGCUUUAAUAGUGAUUUUUGUACUCAUUCUCUGGGUUGGUGCUAUUGCAUUAUUUUUUAAUCGUUGGGGCAAAAUCCGCAUGCUUGAACCAUAUCAGCCAAAGUUCGAGGCGAAACAUCGAUCGUCGUGCCCGCUCGUCGAUAUCGACCAGCUACCAUCCAUGGCGCAAACUAAUACGACAGCUACUUCGUCAAAUAAUGAAAUAAAUUUAGAGGAUCGACAGAGUUUCUCGAAAAUGUCCAUGGGUAUGUCGUUACAAAUGCCAACUUUCGCCCAAUGUACACUUCCAUAUCGAAAUUACUACGAUGGUUACUCACCUCGCCCAUACAGGCCACGACAAAAUUCGGUAUUUGUUGGACCACAUAUCGUUUCGCCGCCCCAACCGCCAAGAAAAACACGCUCAGCUGUCGAUAUUCACUCGUUGGUGCAAAGUGAGGGCAUCAUCGAAGAUGUUUAGAUAGGAAACUCAUUAAUUUUAAUUAAAAUGUUUAAUUAAUUAUUUGUUUUACGGAAAAUAUUUGUUUUUGUAUCAUGUAUAUAAAUUACAAAAAAUAUCAAAAAUUAAUAAUUUAAACUUGUAAUUAAGAUUAAAAAAAAUAAUUAUCAAAA